UGGCUACCGUUUGCGCGCGAGGGGUCGUGCCUACUCGUCGCCAAGUAAACAGGGAAGGUGGGGGCGGGGCCAAAGAGGCGCCACGACCUGGUUGGCCAGACGUGGGUUGGGGGUGUCGCGGAUUGGUCCCAGCCGGGAGCUCAGCAGUGUGGAGCUCACGGGGUCCCGGAGCCGGCGGCCUGAGGGAUGGACGAGACGAGCCCACUCGUGUCGCCCGAGCGGGCCCAACCUCCGGACUACACCUUCCCGUCUGGCUCGGGCGCUCACUUUCCGCAGGUGCCAGCCGAGCUGGCCAUCGAGCGCUGCAUCUUCCCCGAGCGCAUCUAUCAGGGCUCCAGCGGAAGCUACUUCGUCAAGGACCCUCAGGGGAAGAUCAUUGCUGUUUUCAAACCCAAGAAUGAAGAGCCAUAUGGGCACCUUAAUCCUAAGUGGACCAAGUGGCUACAGAAGCUGUGCUGUCCCUGCUGCUUUGGCCGUGACUGUCUUGUCCUCAACCAAGGCUAUCUCUCAGAGGCAGGGGCCAGCCUGGUGGACCAAAAACUGGAACUCAACAUUGUACCCCGUACAAAGGUAGUAUACCUGGCCAGUGAGACCUUCAACUAUAGUGCCAUUGACCGAGUCAAGUCCAGGGGCAAGCGGCUUGCGCUGGAGAAAGUGCCAAAAGUUGGGCAGCGGUUUAACCGCAUUGGGCUUCCGCCAAAGGUUGGUUCAUUCCAGCUCUUUGUUGAAGGCUACAAAGAUGCAGACUAUUGGUUACGGCGUUUUGAAGCCGAACCUCUCCCUGAGAACACUAACCGGCAACUGCUGCUACAGUUUGAGCGGUUGGUGGUGCUGGAUUACAUCAUCCGCAACACUGAUCGAGGCAAUGACAACUGGCUGAUUAAAUAUGAUUGUCCAAUGGAUAGUUCUAGCUCUCGGGACACAGACUGGGUAGUGGUGAAGGAGCCUGUUAUCAAGGUGGCUGCCAUAGACAAUGGGCUGGCUUUCCCCCUGAAGCAUCCUGACUCCUGGAGGGCAUAUCCUUUUUACUGGGCUUGGUUGCCCCAGGCAAAAGUCCCAUUCUCUCAAGAGAUCAAAGAUCUGAUUCUUCCAAAGAUAUCGGACCCUAACUUCGUGAAGGAUUUGGAGGAGGACCUGUAUGAACUCUUCAAGAAAGAUCCUGGUUUCGAUAGGGGCCAGUUCCAUAAGCAGAUUGCUGUCAUGCGGGGACAGAUCCUAAAUCUGACACAGGCCCUGAAGGACAACAAGAGUCCCCUGCAUCUCGUUCAGAUGCCACCCGUGAUCGUCGAGACGGCCCGUUCUCACCAGCGGUCUUCUAGCGAGUCCUACACACAGAGCUUUCAGAGUCGGAAGCCCUUCUUUUCGUGGUGGUAGACCCAGAGGUGGACAAAGGCAUAUUGUCUGAGACUUGGGCUGGGAGGAAGCCUGGGGAGCGUUGCAGGAAAAGCCACAGAAGCCGGUGGAGAGCAGUGCCCUCAAGAGCCCUCCUUUCUGCUCGCCAUCCCCCUCAGAGCUUUCCCAAGCACAGGGAGAAGCACAAUCAGAGGGACAGCGUGUGUUGUUGGGCUCUUCUGAGUGCUGGGGAGGACUGGCGCUCCAUGCAAGGGAUCCAGAUGCCUGGGAAGGAACAUCCCCCUUGGGGCAGGCUGGGAAACUCCCUUCCCUCCCUGACACUCCACUUUGUUACAAUUCCUCAUUAUAUUCUGCAUCAGAAAAAAAAUACAAAUUUAAAUACUAGUAGCAAAA